AUGAGUGGCGGGAAGUUUUCUAGCCCUGCAAAGAUUAUGUUUCAUGUAAAUGUGGUGGUAGUGAUCUUACUGACUCGUGGAAUUGCUGUUGGGUGUGUUCAGUAUUUGAUUAAGGACGGUGGUAGUACUCUGCUUUGGUCCGAUCCUUGGCUGCCGGGUGGGCCGCUUGGUGGCCAUGGCGUUUUGCUUGCUGAAGCUCUUGGACGUGAUACAUUUGAUUGUGUGAAGAAGUUGUUCCAUAAUGGAGACAUUUGGGAGAACGUAACUGCUGAUCUGGCGAUUGAGGCACGGUGGGCUGAGGUGGUCAAUACAAAGAUCCACUCUAGGCUACCAGAGGACAUGGCGGUUUGGACCCCUACGGCGAAUGGGGCAUUCUCACUUCGCACUGCUUGGGAUGUUGUUCGUAUUCCGGGUGCGAAGUUGCCUUGGUGUGACCUGGUUUGGUUUCCCUCUUCCCAACUUUGCUUUUCUUUUAUUACAUGGUUGGCUUGCUUGAGGAAGUUAACGACCCGCUGCUUACUUGCGCAAUGGGGCCUCGUGGUUGACACUGCCUGCGUCCUUUGUCAGGAUGGUACAGACUCCUUGGACCACCUGCUCUUUCGAUGUUCCUUCUCGGCAGGGGUUUGGAGGGAAGUCUUACACUUGAAUGGCUUUAAUAGAGGCCCCCUGGGUACCUGGGAUGAGGAGGUUCGUUGGUUGGUGAAGCAUUUUAUUGGCUGUUCUAUUUAUAGCAGGGUAAGGAGGUUUAGUUUCACUGCAUCUGUUUAUAAGCUAUGGCAGGAGAGGAAUGCUAGGAUUUUUAUGAACAAAUGCAACUCUGCUGCCUCUGUUCUUCAGUGUGUCCUUUCUGACACGCGUGGCGUUUUUGUGAACUUUACUAAGCCGAUUCCUGAUGAUGCGGUUAAUAGGGCCUUUUUCAGUGGUUGGGGCUUUGAUGUUUCGUUUGUGCAUCCUAAGGCUUCAUUUCAUGUGUGGACACCCCCGCCGCGAGGUUGGGUCGUCCUGAACUGUGAUGAUUCUGUCAGGCAAGACCGAGGUGGUUAUGGUGUGAUUGGUCGGGAUCAUCGGGGGUGUCCUAUUUUUGCAGUUGCUGGUGGUGCACGUGAUGUGUCUAUUGUCCAUAUGGAGUUGCAGGCUAUCAAGGCUGCACUCCUGCAUGCCAAAUCACACAACCUAUCUCAUGUUCAAGUUCGGUCGGACUCAAUGAUGGCUAUUCAGAUGAUUGUGGGAUCCUUUCACAUCUCAUGGAGUGUUAGAUGGCUGAUUGAGGAUAUUUGGCGGCUUCGUGAUUCCUUCUCCAAUUGUUCUUUUGCGCAUCAGGUUCGUGAAACUAAUGGUUGUGCCGAUUACUUGGUGUCUUUGGUGGACUCCCCCAUGGAGAUUUCCUUAUGUAUAGACUCUCUUCCUCUGGCUCUUUCUACUUUUAUUCAGAAUGAUGCUGGAGGUAAGAGGUACCUCAGAAUGUAG